CUUCCUCUCCGGCAACUGAGUUAAUAAGGACGCCUGUAAAUUGAUGCACCAUCUAAAGUGUAAUUAAUAACUUCACCAUGCUCAAAGGGAUAGUCAAUGUUAAUUUUUUGAGUGUUUUUUUACCCAUCUACCAAUAGGUGCCAUUCUUUGCGAGGCAUUGGAAAACCUCCUUGGUCGUUGUGGUUGAAUCUGUGUUUUACAAUUCACUGCUCGACUCAGGGACCUUACAGAUAAUUGUAUGAGAUGAGGUGGUCAUUCAAAUAUAAUGACCCUAUUACAAUCAUGCUAAACACUAUUAUUGCACACAGAGGGAGUCCAUGCAACUUAUGUUAAUUGUUAAGCAAAUUCCUACUCCAGAACUUAUUUAGGCGUGCCAUAACAAAGGGGUUGAAUACGUAUUGACUCAAGACAUUUCAGCUUUUCAUUUUCAAUUAAUUUGUAAACAUUUUAAAAAAAAACAUGGCAUAUUAUAUGUAGGUCAGUGACAAAUAAUGUAUAUUUAAUCCUUUUUAAAUUCAGGCUGUAACACAACAUUUUGAAAAAGUAAUGGGGUGUGAAUACUUUAUGAAAGCAUUGUAGUGUUUUAGAAUGAAACUCUUAAAAGAUGUACCCAAAUACAUUUCAUUAUUUACAUUUUUUCCAAAAUGCUAUUCUCAAAUGCCACCGCUAUUCAACAAUGACCCUUUUACAAUCUCCACCUUAUAGCGGGUAAUGUUUAAACGUUUAUUUGGGGUGUCUUGCAUCAGCAACGGAGCAACAACAGUUUGUGCCAUCCAUAAAAAUAUUGCUUCGAUUGGCUCUGUUUGAUUUCACAAGAGAUUGUUACUUAGCAGUCCACUCCUCCACUCCGCCCCCUGGACAAGCAAAUCACAACACAUACACAAGCUUUUAUGAGAAGAAAGAAACCAGCCCGUAUCCUACUUCUUAUUCUGUGAAAAUAACAGCAUUUAUCAUGGAAAAACUUAAUGCCUUCAUCAAACAGAUUAUUUCUUAGAAUAGGUGUGGCUUGUUGAAAAUGGAGUACUCAUGCAAGUCUAUUAGAUAUCCUGAAGAGAGACGAUUAACAAGUAGAAAGUUUGUUGAGCUCCAUGUGCUGUUUGUACCAAAUGAACAGUGGAACUUAAAACUGAAUAGAGUGCCGGUUGAAGCCAUAGAGAGCUUCAUAUCUGCUGGAUUCAUCAGGGUGUAUCCUGAUAUAUCUCUCAGAACUCUCAGGAGUGAGCUUGGCAUUCUCCUCGGAGCUGAGAAAGAUAUUGACAAGUUUUCAUUUUUAAAAUGUGUGGGCCGAAGCUUGGCAUUGGUCAAAGCCAAACAAGAAAGGGAUCUGAAAGUGAAGUAUUUUGCCCCUCCAUAUGCCCCUCAGCCAGAGCUGUACCUGUUGCCCAGGGUGGAGAGCGACAACAGUGUCUGUUCACAGUCCUUCACCCCCAACACCCACUCCACAGACCCCCAGAUUUACUACACUGCCAGAGUGCAAGGAAUGCCAACAGGGACAAAAGAGCCUUUUAAAUUCCCUCAGAUCCCCCAGGGUCUCCAGCCACAGCCCCCUCCCUCCCCCAGCCCUGAUGAGGAGGGGGAGGAAGAGGAGAAUGAGGAGUACCUUCUCUCCUCUCAGAAGCCUGGGUGCGCUGAGGAUGACCACCUCCUGUGGAAGGCCCAAGCCCAGGGGCCACCCCAGUGUGUCAUAGAGGCUAAAGAAUCAGUUGUGGGGAAGGUGGCGCCGGCUAAGAAGAAACAACGAUUCAAGUUAAACCGAGCCAGCGAUUCGGGGGUCCCAGAGUCACUGGAAGAUCAGGAUUCUGUGUUUUCUCCCACCCCACACAGGUUAAGGAAAUCUAAAGGUGCACAGACACUGAAGUAUAUCAGGAAUAAACAAAAAAAUGAGGUCCCUGAACACCCAGUAACUAUGCCUACACAGUACGCCUCUCCACCCCCCGUCCCAACCCUGGGCACUCGUAAAACGGCUGCCCCGGUCUUCCUAUCAAGUAGUUUCCUCCCUUCCUCAGGAGAUGAACUGAUAGAGGAAAUUAAGAUGGCAAAAGAGGAGAGAAAGCAACUAGAACAGACAAGACAAGAGUUGCUGAGAAAAGGAAAAGACUUGAUGGCACAGAACAGACACCGUCGAAAUCAAGCUCGUGACAGUUGGAAGAGGAGUUAUUUUGAUACCAAGAAGGCCACAGCCCCUUUGGAGGUCACACUGAGAAGUCUUCGUCAAGAGCUGGAGAUAUUCUACAAUAACAUCCUACACCAGCUAAAGGCGAGGGAUGGAGGAGGAAAGCCCAGAUGGCAGGAAAGAUUGUCGAGCACCAAAAAUGAGCUCAUUAUCCAGAUAAUGACAGAGAGCCAUGAGAUUGACAACCUAAGGAGGAAGGUGGAUGAUGCCAAGAUGAGGUUCGUCACAGAGAUCAAGCUCGGGAAGCAGGCUGCCACAGAGCUGAGAGCCUUGAAGGCUGAGCUGGCCCAGAAGAAUACCCAGACAUUUCUCUCUGGAUCCAUGGGCUUUGGAGCAGGAGCAAGGGACAGACCACAGGCUCAAAGCAUCCUUAACUGAGCCACUUCUACCAGUACUACCAUGGCCUUAUUCCAGAAGACAAUGUUUGCUUUUUGCUUAUUCCAAAUGAUAUAUUUUUGAAAAGGUCUCAUUUAAAUUGUUAUGUCUAUUUGCAAUGCAUAUCAUGUGAAAACCAUGACUUCACAGUUUACCAAACAACUGUUUGUAUUAAACUGUCGUGUCCCUGUUGCAGCAAGAACAAUCUCUCAUUUGAUCAUUUACCU